AUGGAAGAUACAACUCCAAAUCGACCUUUCCAAUUUGAAGCAAUGUGGACUAAGGAGGAAUCAAGUAAAGAGGUAGUGGAGAACACUUGGCUAACGUCUGUAGAGGGUUCACAAGGUUAUAGACUUGCUAGAAAGCUGGAUGCCACCAGGAGGGACUUGAAAAGGUGGAAUAAAAAAUUCUUUGGGAAUUCAAGAGAAAGAAUUAAGGAGCUGGAGGCAAAAAUUGCUCGGUUACAAGUCUCAAACCCUACAAGGAAAAAUCUUGAGCUAGAAGCAUCACUGAAUCUGGAACUUGAUGAUUGGCUGGAAAGAGAGGAUCUAAAGUGGAAGCAGAAAUCAAGAGAGUUAUGGACCAAGGAGGGUGAUAGGAACACAAGAUUCUUCCAUCUUUCCACCUUGGUGGGGAGAAGAAGGAAUCAUAUCAAUGAAAUCAAGUUGGAGGAUGGAUCAUGGAUAACUACAAGGGAAGAAAUCCAAAACUAUUUCAAUGAAAAUUUUAAAUCCUUGUAUCAAUCUGAAUGCAAUGAUGUUCCUGAAGAUUUAGAGAAUUUAAUUGAGCCAUGUAUUUCGGAGGCAAAGAAUGAGGAGUUAUGCAGAGUUCCUUCCAGAGAAGAAAUUCAUAAAGUAGUUUUUGAAAUGAAGUCUCUCAAGGCACCCAGACCUGAUGGUUUCCCGACCUUGUUCUAUAAACAUUAUUGGGAAACUGUGGGUGACCAGAUUAUUUUAGCUACACAAAGUUUCUUUCGAAGUGUAGGAUUCUGA